GUUGUGCUUGAGCAGAGCGCACACCGUGUUUUAUAGAGUCGAUAUACACGUGGUACGCCCCCCUUCGUUUACCGGCAACGGGCCCCCUUUAUCCGUCGCCCCCUCGACACAAUCUCCCCGCUGUUACCGCCGCCCCCUGGUUCUCGAUGCCGUGUUCGUCCGUCUGCCGUUCAUUGUCCCGCGAACCGUCGUCGAUUGAAAGACUGUCGCAGUCAACGCGCAACUCAACAGACUCUUUGUCCGUUAAAAACUAGCGAACAAAGAACAAGAUACGACGACGAAGAAAAAAAUACUUCCAAUUUUCGGUAGAUUGUGUCAUUAGAAGUCGUGGGUUUAUCAAACGAUGCGGUUAUAAAUUUGAAAUUAAAAGGGAAACAUUUUUUCCCGGCUAAAGAAAAAAAAGUCGUUGUGAAUCGUCGACGGUUUGUCAUUGUAAAAGAAUCUUUCAACGGAUUUUAAGGAAGGAGAGGUUAAACGGGAAGUUAAGCGGGAAAAAAGAAGGAAAAGACGAAAGGAUUGCUGUCGAGGUCUUCUUUUAUUGUUCAGUCUUUAGCGGCGUAUGGCUUGCUUAAGGGAUGAAGGCUAGGAGAUAAAUAUGGCAUCCCCGACUUCAAUAGAUUCAACUUCAAUAUCCAGAGCAAAUUCUUUAGGAUCAUUUUCUGAAAAUCCAGACGAAUUCCUCUCGUACGUGUCUUCGAAUAAUUCUCCUUUAACGGUUAGCAAUUCGAGUCCAUCGAUAGCAGUCGAUUGCGCGACCGAAAACAACUUAGAAGACGGUUUGACGGCGGUGGUCGUUUGCCUCCAAUGCCACGAGCCAUCGUCUUCCAGUGGUAAAAAUUUGACUACGCACGAAAAGAAUAAAUUCAUUUGUUCCAAGUGUCAACUAUUUACCGAAAACUUAGAAAACAUCCUCAACAACCAAGAGAAUACGACAACCACGUCGGCAGUGAGGAGUUGUUGCACCGCUUGCAAAACAAUUAAAUUUGAGGCGAUAGCCCGUUGCUUAGAUUGUUGCAAUUUUUUAUGCCCGAACUGCGUCAUGGCGCACAAUUUCAUGCAUUGCUUCGAAGGUCAUCGAGUCAUCAAUUUUAAUGAUCACAAAGAAGAUUCCACCACGAAGAGCCAACAACAAUCGUUGUCGAUACAAUCGUCCAAUUCCUCUUCCGCUUGCGUUAAACACAAAACGGAACCGCUCAAGUAUUAUUGUAAAACGUGUAUGGUGCCGGUGUGCAAAGAGUGUAUCACGAUCGAGCAUAGUUUGCACGAAUUGGAAAAUUUCUCGGCGGAAACGUUCUCGAAACAACAAUUUGAAGCGAUCAAUUUGCUGUUGCAAGAGGCUAAAUUGAAGGCGAACGAUAUCAAGAACGUAAUCAAAAACGUCGAACACAUUAGCAACAAGUUACAAAUUCAAUAUCAUAAGGCUCAAAAUGAAAUCUCUGAAACGUUUCAAUUUUAUCGUUCGAUGUUGGAUGAACGAAAGAAUGAACUCUUGAAAGAACUGGAAAGCGUUUACUCGGCGAAACAAAUAGCGUUAGGAGUAACAAGUCAAAAAGGACAAGAACUGAUCGAUAGUAUUUACAAAACGUCCGAAUUUUUUGAAAAAUUAAAUAAAUGCGGCAACUUUUACGAGAUCAUUAUGUUGCGGCGAAUUUUGGAUGGAAAAUUACAAAACCUGAUCAACAGUUCAAAUAAUUUUGACCCCGCAAACAAUUCCAGCCUCAUCGGUGAAAUCGAAUUCGUGUCCAAUUAUCAAGCGAUCCAAGUCGGCGUUCGAAAUACUUUCGGCUACGUUCGAUCAAAUUCAACCAAUAAUUCCGAAUCGGGCGUAGGCGGCGGCAACUUGAACAUCAACUUUGUCGGAGGUGGUGGUGUUAGCAAACAACCACCAAUAGCCAGACCUACAAAUUCCACCAACUCAUCCAGUUCCACCAGUUCAACAAAUUCUACCAACGGCGGUGGCAGCACUUGUGCCUUUUCGAUAACGAGCGGUUCAAGUCAAUCGACAUCACCGUUUGAAUCAAAUAUUAUUUCGAAAAGGUUCAGUUCAGCCAACAGUUUGGGACCGUUUUCCACAACGUCUUCCAAUGCUAACAACGGGGUAACGAAUUCGGUGAUCGGUGGCGAUCUGAACGGAUUGAGUAACGGUUUAAAUGGAUUAAAUGGGCUUAACGUUAACGGUUUAAGUGCUUAUGAGAAAUGGUCUAAUGCCGGAAAUGAAAUCUUUCAAAAUGAUCCUUAUAGCUUAACAAACGGAAGUUCCCAUGCGGACACAAUGCUUGAUUUAAGUUCUAAACUGAUGUCAACAAACAUAUUCCCGCCAAAAUCGCAAAUAAAACGCCAAAAAAUGAUUUAUCAUUGCAAGUUCGGUGAAUUCGGCGUAAUGGAGGGUCAGUUUACGGAACCUUCUGGUGUAGCAGUAAACGCCCAGAAUGAUAUAAUCGUCGCGGACACCAACAACCACCGAAUCCAGAUUUUCGACAAAGAAGGUCGCUUCAAAUUCCAAUUUGGCGAGUGCGGAAAACGCGACGGUCAACUUUUAUAUCCGAAUAGGGUGGCGGUCGUGCGAACAUCCGGCGACAUCAUAGUCACAGAACGUAGUCCAACGCACCAAAUACAAAUUUACAAUCAAUACGGACAGUUUGUUCGCAAAUUCGGCGCAAAUAUUUUGCAACAUCCGCGCGGCGUCACCGUCGAUAAUAAAGGCCGCAUUAUCGUCGUCGAGUGCAAAGUGAUGCGGGUGAUUAUCUUCGAUCAAACGGGGGCCGUUUUGCAGAAAUUUGGCUGUUCCAAACACCUAGAGUUUCCUAAUGGAGUCGUCGUCAACGAUAAACAAGAAAUAUUUAUUUCCGAUAAUCGUGCCCAUUGCGUUAAAGUAUUUAACUACGAGGGAACUUAUUUGAGACAAAUUGGAGGUGAAGGUAUAACAAAUUAUCCAAUUGGAGUGGGAAUAAACGCAGCGGGAGAAAUUCUAAUUGCGGAUAACCAUAAUAAUUUCAACUUAACGAUAUUCACUCAAGACGGUCAAUUGGUAUCAGCAUUGGAGAGUAAAGUGAAGCACGCUCAAUGUUUCGAUGUUGCGUUAAUGGAUGAUGGAUCCGUCGUAUUGGCCAGCAAAGAUUACAGACUGUACAUCUACCGGUACGUGCAAGUGCCGCCCAUCGGGCUCUAAAAGUUUUUAAUUUAAACUUGACAACAAUAAAAACAGGUAAAUUUUUUCUAAAGAACAACAAAAAGUAAUAUCAAAUUAAUCAUGAUUCGUGUCAUAUGUACCAAAUAUGUCGUAUUUUGGAUUUUUUUUCGUUCGUUUUUCAAGAGACGCUUUACAUUAAAAAGAAAAAUUAAUGAUUAUUAAGAAACGAUGAAUCUUGAUGGGGAAAAUUGUUAUUGUAUUUGUUGUAAUCGUGAUUCUUGUAAGUGUUAUUUAGAAAAAUCCUAGUCACGGGAGGAAGA